AUGGACGUAGUUCAACAAAAGCUGGGUGUCCUGCGCACCCAUCUGGAUCAAAUCCCGGUGCUUCAGCAGUUGGAGGAGACCGCCAAGGUUCCCAAGGAGCAUUUGGUUUUGGGAGUCGGUGCCCUGCUUGUCAUUAUCAUUUUUUUCGGUGUUGGCGCAGGAUCGCUCUGCAGCGUGGUUGGCUUUUGCUACCCGGCCUUCAAAUCCUUUGAGGCGAUCGAGACAAAGAUCCGUGGCGACGACACGCAAUGGCUGGUGUACUGGAUCAUUUUCGCAUUCUUCUCCAUCAUUGAGGUCUUUGCCGAUUUCCUCCUCUACUGGAUUCCUUUCUAUUAUGCAUUCAAAAUGGCGUUUCUGCUGUGGGCGUUUCUUCCUCAAACUCGAGGAGCAAAAUUCCUGUACGAUUCCUUUUUGAAGGACCUACUAAAGAAAAACGAGUCGCGCAUUGAUGCUGCCUUGGCGGAUGCCAAAAAGCAGGCUGGAUCCAUUGGCGGGGAUGUAGCCAAGGUUGCAGGUGACGUUAUGGCGGAAGCGCAAAAAAUGGCAACGGCGGAUGACAAAAAGGACGAGUAG